AUGGGAAAGGUCAAUCAAUCUUCUGUGAUGGAAUUUCUUCUGCUGGGGCUUUCUGGCUACCCAGAGCUUGAGGCCAUCUACUUCGUGCUUGUCCUGUGUAUGUACUUGGUGAUCCUGCUGGGAAAUGGGGUCAUUAUCAUUGUGAGUAUCUUCGACACCCACCUGCACACUCCCAUGUACUUUUUCCUCAGUAACUUAUCAUUCUUGGACAUUUGCUACACCAGUUCUUCUAUCCCACUCUUUCUCAGCAGCUUUGUAAAUUCAAAGAAAACAAUUUCCUUCUCUGGGUGUGGAGUUCAGAUGUUCCUCUCCUUUGCUAUGGGAGCCACAGAGUGUGUGCUUCUAAGCAUGAUGGCAUUUGACCGCUAUGCGGCCAUCUGUAAUCCUCUGAGAUAUCCUGUCAUCAUGAGCAAGGCUACGUAUGUGCCCAUGGCUGCUGGGUCCUGGAUUGCCGGGGGUGUCAACUCUAUGCUGCAAACCUCUCUUGCCAUGCGGCUUCCCUUCUGUGGGGAUAAUGUCAUUAAUCAUUUUACUUGUGAAAUCCUAGCUGUCUUAAAAUUAGCCUGUGCUGACAUCUCCAUAAACGUUAUUAGCAUGAUGGUUGCAAAUAUGAUUUUCCUUGUUGUCCCUGUACUUUUCAUUUUUAUUUCCUAUGUUUUCAUUCUCUCCACCAUCUUGAAGAUUCCUUCUGCGGAGGGAAGGCGCAAAGCCUUCUCCACCUGUUCAGCCCACCUGACGGUGGUGAUUAUAUUCUAUGGGACAAUCCUCUUCAUGUAUGCAAAGCCCAAAGCUAAAGAUUCCUCUGGGACAGACAAAGAACAAGUCACAGAUAAAAUCAUCUCUCUUUUCUAUGGAGUGGUGACUCCCAUGCUCAAUCCUCUCAUUUACAGUUUGAGAAACAAGGAUGUGAAGGCAGCUGUGAAGAAUGUGUUGUGUCAGAAAUGCUGA